AUGCCUCUGGCUGAGAAGCUGCCGCCUGUGAACGAUUAUGACUGGGAUGACCAUCCAGAGCCUUCACCGAGGCGACUCUUUCAUGAGUUACUCCGCAUCGGGUUGCCUCUGUCAGCGUCGCAGCUCUCACAAUUUAGUUUUCUGAUUGUCAUGUUCUUUUUCGCAGGUCAUAUUGGAGUCCAUGAGCUCGGUGGGAUCUCCAUUGCACUUGGUAUAUUGAAUGCGACUGGCUUCGCUUUUGGUAGUGGACUUUGUGGAGCUCUAGAGACACUCUUGUCGCAUUCCUACGGCAUGGACCCGCGGAGCACAAUGUACGGCAUUUAUGCGCAGCGCAUGUUUCUCAUUCUCAUGUUGUUUGCCAUUCCCCUGGCCUUUCUCUUGUGCCUCUUGGAGCCUAUAUUGAAGGCUAUUGGAGAGCCUGAUGAAGUAGCGGCGGAUGUGGGAACAUUUUGCUUUAUCUCUGUCUUGGGACUACCGUCUAUAAUGCUGCUAGAGCUUCUUCGCCGGUAUUAUGCAAGUCAGCAUUGCUCAAAUCCUGUAUUCGUUGUACUAGCUGUUGCAGCAUUGAUCAACCCUCUUUUACAGUACAUAUUUGUUAGUCUUUGGGGAUACAGAGGAAUCGCGGUGGGGUGGGUGCUUUUGAUGGUUGGCAUGGAUGCUGCACUUCUUGCCUAUCUGUGGUUCAGUGGCUUAUAUCGCAACACGUGGGGUGGUUGGAGCAGUGCGGCCCUGCAAAACUGGGGCCCCCUGUUGAGGCUCGCCAUUCCAUCCCUCGGCAUGGCAUUCAGUGAGUGGACUGCAAUGGAGGUAAAUUCUGUGUGUGCUGGAUUUUUGACCUCUGUAGAGCUGGCUGCGUAUGCCAUUAGUAGCCAAGUUGCAAAUGUUUGCUGGAGUGCGGUGUCUGGCUUUUUCAUGGCCACUACCGUCUUGGUGGGGAACUCUGUGGGCGAGGGAUAUCCGCAACUUGGAAAGAAAUAUGCCAUCAUGUCCUCUGCUCUUGUGCUGGGGAUGGCUUUUUUCAAUGCCUUCGUCGUCUAUAGCUACAGAGAGCAAGUUGCAUAUAUUUUUACGGAAGAUGUUGAAGUUGUGGCCAUUUUCGUGGAAUUAACACCCUUAUUUUUGUGUUUCCACGUCUUGGAUACAAUGCAGUGCAAUUUUCUCGGCAUAUUGCGUGGUUGUGGUCUACAGGUUACGGGCGUUAUCAUUGUUUUUGUGAGUCUUACAAUCAUAGGUACCCCGCUGGGACUCUAUCUUUUAUUCCACUUUCACUACGGUGUCAAAUCAUUGUGGAUAGGGCCUGUGGUAGGGUGUUCAUUGGUGGGAAUACCCGCAUAUUUUUUUGUUUUUUUCCGUCGUAUUAAAUGGGACACCCUGCGACCGCAGCUGGAUGAAGUAAAAGGAGCCAGCACCAAGCAGCUAGUGGUUCUAUCGGAUGCAGAGGCAUAA